AUGAAUAACAAAGGUGAACUGAUUCAUAUUAGUGGGGACACCUUCGAUCGCUUUGUACUACACUCUGCAUUGUUACGUCUGAUCGACCCUGUCCGAGGCAAACCGACCCGGAGUACACUCGACGAGAACCCAGACGGCAGCUUUUUGGGUGCAUGGCAGCUCCAGCAAAAGUUUCUAGACUCAUUUGCUCUUAUUUGCUCAACGUCUAGCUCAGGAGCGGAAACAGCUACGGCUGUGUGCCUGGAAACCUAUGACCAAGUUGGAAAUAUCCUCCGUUUGGCGCGCAACCAUGGCUUGGCACCGGAGCAUCUAGCUGGACUAAAAAGAGUGUUGCAAGUACUGCAAGAGGCUUCUAGAAAGGAAAAGCCAUCAACGCAAGCCGAGACCGAGAUUCUACAACUGGUUGCUGAGCUUGACAAAGGCCGAAUUUUGUCAAUUGCAGAGAGUAUUAAGAAGCGAGGCAUUCUCCGGUUUCUACAAAAAGUACAGUCUGAAGUUCAUGACAGUCAACUCCAGUCAGAAAAAUUCAGGAUCUGGCUUGAGAACUGCCCUUUCACAGCCUCUCCCUCCCUUAUCCAGAAUUGGACUGGUGCGACUACCGUCAAGCUCAUCCAUUGGGCGUCGGAAGCUCGAUGGCACUACGCUGAGCAACUACGAACUUUACUAAAACUUGUUGAAUCACAAAGUCAGGCCUGGUUGGAUAAUCUACACAAAGUAGCUCGCUAUCAUUCUGCGACCAAGUCCAUGGUCAAGUUUGCUGUGAAGGAGCCCGGUAUCUUCGUCAACAUCGUCAUCCGACCGAUCAAUGCUCCUAAUCCACGUCGAUUCAAAUUCCCGAACGACGAAGCUCCACUGCUUGCAGUUGUUCGCACGCUUGUGGGAAAAGAUACAAACAUGACAAUGGAGAAGCUUGAAAAACAUUUGGGUACCCAGGAUGUUGAAGCGAGGCUGCGUAAAGCCUGUCGCCUGGAGCUGACGCUUCAUGCCGAGAUGCAAAUCGUUGUUUUUUACGAAGGCAACCCUGGGUUAGCUCCCCACCUGAGGCUCAUUGGAACGAGCAAAAAAGCUUGCUUUCUUUGCGACAAAUAUCUACGUCAUCAUCCACUCAGACUGCAAGCUUCCGCUUGUCACCAAAAGAUUUAUCCAUCGUGGAUGCCACCUCCGUACUAUAACGUCCCAGGAAAGUCAACACAACUCCCCUUCAUAAAGCUAAGUGGCGAUAUCGAGAAAUUGACGAAGCAUGAGUUGAAGGCAGCACUAACUGCUCCCCUCCGGCCACCAAACUAUGAUUCGACUGCUGGGCCUUCUCUGACCUUAACAGCGACUGUACCCACGGAACUGAGAUCACUGCGAAAGAGUCAAGCAAAAUCCACGGUUCAAGAUGAUAGUUUCUCAGAGGAUUCUGAUUGA